AUGGCGCUUUCUUUGAUAACUACAUAUUUCAUCGACAUCGACAUCGACGUCGGCACCUGCUUGAAGACGAGCCGCUGGUCCAGAAUUCAACCACCAACCAAGAUGGGGAAUGUGAUAUCAGCUUCGGCUGGUGUAACUGACUGGCUGAUGAUUUCUUCUGGAGGACAAGAACAGCAAGCCAGCCUCGCUUCGCGUCUCUACGCUUUGUUUUGCCUGAUCUUCAGAGGUCCUGAUGUGCAUAAAACCUUUUUUGAUGUGAUUCGAAAGGCUGGAAGGGCGAAUAUAAGCAAAUCACAGCUGCUGGAAUACGGGCUUCGCCCCCCCGGUUGUACACAUGAAGAACAAUCCACCUGUCCAUGCUUGCAAGUUCCGUGUGGGCUACAGACGACCUGA